AUGUGGCUGACAAUCUUUGAUCCAGACAUUGUGCAUGCAGAAGAUUCGCUUGAUCUUUCCAGUGCAAGGGUUUCUGAGCCUCAGGCUGAAUCAAAUGUAGAGAAAUCCAUUUCUUUGUCUGAAGAUUCUGCAGAUGUUCAAGAUGAUGUUCCUACUGUGAAGAAAUCAGUAGUCAAGCCUGUUUCUGCCAAAGCACCUCCGGAAACUUCUUCCAGGAAAGGGAAAGAACAUGUAAUCAUUGAUUCUGAUGGCGAUACUUCUGAUGAUGUUGAUGUGACUGUGAAAAAUAUAGCAAGCAGGUUGAGGAAGAAGAAACAAACAACGUCGGUCAAGUCAUCUACAAGGACUCCUAACGGUUCCAAAGCUGCUGGCUCUGUAAGGAAAAGAAAAGGAGAGCCAACCAGUAAAGGAAAAGGGUUGAGUGAUCCAAGCAAGAAGAGGAAGCAUGUCUCUGACAAUAAUGCUCAGAGAUGGAAGUUUGUCUCUCAUAGACGCAUUGCCAUAGAGAGGGAGUUGAGUGAGGAGGCCUUGGAAUUUAAGGAGAUCAUUGAUCUCCUUGGUAAAGCUGAGUUGAUGAAGACAGUCAAAGGCAUUGGAAGGUGUUAUGAGAAACUUGUGAGGGAAUUUACUGUCAACAUCCCCUCUAACUGUGAUGAUGAAGGUUCUGCAGAGUUCCAUAAGGUAUUCGUGAGGGGAAAGUGUGUGCAUUUUUCUCCAGCUGUGAUCAAUGAAUUUAUGGAAAGGUCUACAACAGCUGUGGUUGAGGGGGAGUCUGAUCUCAAUGAGAUUGCUAGUGUUAUCUCUGGCAAGCCAGUGAUGCAGUGGCCCAAAAAGGGUUUGUUACCUUCUGGGAAGUUAACUGCCAAAUUUGCUGUCUAUAGCAAGAUUGGUGCUGCAAAUUGGCUGGCAACAAAUCAUACUUCUAGCAUUACUCCACCUCUGGCCAAGUUAAUCUUCUGGAUAGGUACUAGAGCUAAGAUGGAUUUUGGACAGCAUGUAUUUGAGCAGACCUCCAAACAUGCUUGUUCCUAUGCUGUGAAAUUGCCAAUCAUGUUUCCUUGUCUCAUUACUGAGUUGAUUCUUCAGCAACAUCCUAGCAUCUUGCAGGCUGAUGAAGCUCCCAGUAAGAAAGGGCUGCCUCUGAAUUUUGACUAUAGACUAUUUGCUGGGACACAUGUCCCAGACAUUGUGAUGAAUGCUCCCAAGGAUGGUCCUGGUGCUAGUGGAACCAAGGGAGUGGCUGGUACUGGCAAAGAUGACAUCUUGGCCGAACUGAAGGAAAUUUCCAAGACUCUUCAAGCCACCAUUCAAGCUAGCAAGGUCAGAAAGCAUAAUGUGGAUCAGCUCAACAAAAUGCUUGAUGCAACAGUUGAUGAUGAGGUGAGUGAUCAUGCUGAUGAUAAGGAUGAAGAGGUAGCUGCUGAGGAUGCGGAUGCAGACUUUGAUGCGGAGGAUGAUGAUGAGGCUAUUUCAGAUGGUGACAAUGUGGAAGAGGAAGGAGGAGAUCCUACUGAUGCUGAUUCAACUUCUGAAAGCACUUCUAAGUAG